AUGGCCACCGCAGCAGAUGUCAGCUACGAACAACAUCUGAAGCAGAACAACGAGCGACUCGUCUCACUCAGAAAGCAGUUGAACGAUAUCCGUGGAUAUGAUCGUGGUUGUCGCGAGCUGAUCGCAUGGUGUGAUGAUCCACGUGCCUUUAAUGCUGCCUUUGAGGAGAAUCUCCUAGCAGCUCUUCAGGAAGUCGUUAAGGUGUCGUCAAAUGAUGGUUUCGAUCGGCAACUUGCUAUUGCACUGAUCACCUCGUGUCAUUCACAUCGAAAACUUUUAUCGAAAGAAAGUGCCGGUAUGUGCUGA